AUGGACGGCGGCAAGAUUUUGGUCGUCGGCGACGAGACGGACAUCCUGCACUGCGGCUACAGCCACGCGAUCACCCACGAGGGCCGCCGGUACCCCUCCGCUGAGCACUACGCGCAGUCGAUGCUCCUCAUGCAGUUCAAGAUUGACGAGGCCAAGAUACUCGAGCUGUUGAGCUGCAAAAGCUCCGAGGUCAGGCGGCAUGCCCGGCUCAUCCUACUCGAAAAUAUCCCGGAUGGGCAAAGCUGGAAGACUCUCGCCGACUAUAUGGAUAGCGCCCGACAAUCUUUCACCAUGGAAGGCCUCCGCAUACGUUAUCAGCAAGAUCCCGAGUUUAAGAAGGCGCUGACGGCCACGAAGGACUCGCUGUUAAUCGUCUGUGAUAAGAAAGACGCGGAUUACGGCAUCGGGAUGGAUGAGGACGCAUUUAUACAGCUCGCCAAUAAGGAGCGGUUGACGGCGCAAGGCCUCGACAACAUGUUGAAGGGACAUGUGCGACCGCCCGGCAUAGGCGCCAACCAGCUCGGCACGCUUCUCAUGUGGCUGCGGUAUGAGGAGCGCGAGAAAGGCCGAAACUCGAAAAUCUACUUGCCGGUGAACGAAGUCGAUGGCCUCAGCACGGACGACGAUGGCAGCUUUCUAAAGCUGAAGUGCAAUGAUCAGAUCAUCUAUCUGAAGGGCAUCUUCCGGCCGUUAUCGAAUUUCUACCCGCUUCCCAUGGAGAUCAAAGGGUAUCGAUACCGGAGCGUCGAGCACUACGCCUACGAAAAGCUCUUCAAUGCACUCGAUCUGGAUGCGAAAUGUGUCGAGAAAGUCGUGACCACCGUCAACCCGUGUGAUUUGAAGACGGUGGCGGGCAAGGUCCUUGAUGGGCAGAAAAUCGACGCCGAAGUCUUGGAGUCCAAGCUCGCCAAGUUGGACCGUUGGAGGCAGUCCGCAAUGAAGCAAAAGUUCGCCAAGUUGGAGCCCCUGCAGCACCUUUUGCUCAGCACCGGUCAAUCGCUACUCGUCGAUGAUGCGUGGAGCCGUGACGACUGGACGUGCGGCGCCACCGAGUCGGGCUUGCAAACAAUUAUGGCGAAGGAUAAAGUCGGUAUUGAGCAAAUCAUAGAUUGGAUGUGCUCAACGGAGCCGCCGAAAGAUGUGUGCCAUCUCCAAGGAAACAAAUGCGGCAUUUUGUUGAUGGAGUUGCGUGAGAAAUUUGCCGCCUCAACGCCGAACCGAAUUCCGCUCACCGUGCCUCCCGUGGACCCUGAGCUACUUGGCAAGAUCUCGCCGCAUAUCAUCUGCUUCACCGGGGAGAGCGUCUUUUCGCCGUUUUAUCCCGCUCAAAUCCGGCCAGAGGUCGGAUUGCCGUUCCUUGCGAGCCCAGUGCAUUACGUGGCGCAGGAGACGACCAAGUACCUGGCAUUCAAGGACUCUACGGCUGGAUACGUAAACGCAGCUAAAUCGCCGAUUGAAUGUUGGCGUCGCCUCUAUGAAACGAUUGCCGGCCUGGGCCGUGGAUUCGAGCGUGAGCGGGUGUGGUUUAUGGAGGAGCGGCAGAAGCUGAUCCGCGAGGCUCUUCGGCUGCUCUUUGAACAGCACGCCCCACUUCUGCGUGCCCUUCUCGAGACCGGCGAUGCUUUUCUAGCCUACUGCGUGCGCUGGAGCAGCCUCGAUGCCGAAUUGACGAUCGGGAUGCGCGAAAGCGAUCUGCGGCACUGGCUGCAUUCCGUGGAGCUGGACAGCAAGCAACUCGCCGACCUUUGUGCCAAGCCGCUCGCCUUUCGCCCGCCAUUCCUCGGCGGCAACCACGUCGGCUUUAUCCUGAUGGAGCUACGGACGGAAUUUCGUGAAAAGGGUGCAUCUGUGUGGGCACUUCCGGAGCUGAUCCUCGACACCCUGACCGUGCUGGGCAGCGAUUCGCCGACGGAGAACCUGAUGGCGGAUGAGACGUUUGACGUGCUGGACGGCGAAACUAACGGGCUGCCCUGGGCGAAUCCGCUGCUGUUGUUGGCGAAGCACACGAAGGAUGCCGGCCUUUUGGAGGCGGCCCGUUUCAAGCCGCCAGGGAGGGGCCUGGUGUCCGUGGACGAGCCCCGGAUCAAGGAGAUCUUGGCAAAGAUCGACGGGAUCCGCACCGGAAAGACGAACGCACGAUUUAUCGAGAACCUGGCCACGGAGGAGCUGCGGGCCGUUCUCGCCCAUCUCAUGGCUCGCGUGCGGGGCAAGGCUGAAGAAUGUAAGAAGACCGACUCCAUGUCUAAAGUGAUGAUGACCGACAUCCAGCAGCUGCGCAAGUUGAGGGACGAGAUUCUCGUCGAGCCGCCAAAAUGCACGCCCCCUCCGCCGCCGCCUCAACAAUGCCGUCCCCGGCCCGUGUCCGAGCACCGAGAAUUCUUCGGCACCUACCAUCAUCGCCCCACCGUUCGCAUGUCCGCUGGAGCCGAUCGGGGCAUCAAUUUUUCGGGCGAUCACUGGAAUCAGGGCCGCACACCCUUGGCGCGUGGCCGUAGCCAUACCCCGUGGGUGCCGAAGGAGACUAGAGAGUGGACACCGCUCGCUCCAACGCCCAAGACGACACAUCAGCAAGGUCCGCAAGGGCGCCCCAAGCAGCCGAUCGUCAUCACGCGCGGCGACGACGAGCUCAGCGACGGCGAGCUGCUCGACAGCGAA